CCAAUGCCGCCUCCCCGCCGCCGCCGCCCGGGUGCCUUUGUCCCUUCCCGCCCAGACUUGGAGGGAAGCGGCGGCCGGGGGCUCCUCUCCGGGAGCAGCGCUAGCGGAGCCCCCCUUUAGUCCUCCCUCCCUCCCUCCCUCCGAAGUUGAGGCGGCAAAGUUGGGGCUGAGGCUGGAGGUGAGCGGCCAAGGCGGGAGCCCGAGAUGAGCCGCGAGGGAGCCAGCUAGGCGCCCGGGGGACUAGGACCUCGGCCCCUGGCUGAGGGGCGCCUGCCUUUCUUCCUCCUCCUCCUCCUUGGCAAGAAGAAGCAGCAGCAGGAGGAGGAGGCGAAGGAGCCCGAGGGUCUUUCUAGGCAUGCAGCCUGGAGGAGGAGGAGGAGGAUGAUGAUGAUGAUGAUGAUGCUGUGGUUCCCGGUGAAGAAGAUCCGGAAGCAGUUCAAGCUGCUGCUGCUCCUGGUGCUGCUCACCUUCGCCGUCUGGUUCACCUACCUCCACAUCAGCCUCGUCCGCCAGGGCAAGGCGCUCCGCCUCCACUUCGCCUACGGCAGCCGAGAUGGUGAGCGGCUGGGUGAGGUGACAGACCCUGGCAGGCGGGUGGCUGGGGCCCAUGCAUCCUAUCCACAGAAGAAGACAGAAGACUCCAGCGAAAGCCAGGAGGAUGAGCAGAUGGUAGAUGAACAAGGGGUUGAUGGGUGGUUUUCCAAAUGGCAUGGCCUUGACAGAGCUGGAAGACCUCCAAAGCCAAAUGUAACGAGACAUGUUCUGCCAUGGAAUGAACAGUACAAAGGGAAAGCAAACCUGCACGUAUUUGAAGACUGGUGUGGAGGAGCCGUGGGACAUCUUAGGAAGAAUCUACAUUUCCCCCUUUACCCUCAUACUCGCACAACAGUGAAGAAGUUGGCUGUGUCACCCAAGUGGAAGAAUUAUGGACUGCGGAUAUUUGGGUACAUUCAUCCUUUUAAGGAUGGGGACUUCCAGUUCUCUGUAGCUUCUGAUGAUAACUCUGAAUUUUGGCUCAGCUCUGAUGAGACUCCAGCCAAUGCACGUCUGGUGGCAUAUGUGGGCAAGCUGGGCUCUGAAUGGACUGCCCCAGGAGAAUUCACAAAAUUCAGCUCUCAAGUCUCCAAGCCAAUCCGCGUCCUCUCCUCCAGGCGCUAUUACUUUGAGCUCCUUCACAAGCAGGAUGACCAUGGAUCAGAUCAUGUGGAAGUUGGUUGGCGGGUUUACCUUCCCAGCUUCAAGUUUGAGGUGGUUGAUUCCUCCUACAUCUCACUUUAUACAGAUGAGUCCAGCCUGAAAAUGAAUGAGGUGGACCACGUGCCUCAGUCUCUUGCCAGCCAUACCAGCAGCUACCUCUGGGGUGAAUGGAGGGAUGACCAUGGAGCAGAUAUGCUGAAGCCUGACCCUCGGGAUAGUUUCUUCCUUACUCCCCAGAUCGAGCCAUCCCAUGUGGAGAAUGUGUUGGUGCCCUGUGCUUACAGCCCCACAUACGUGGUGAAGGACUUCCCUAUUGCCCGCUAUCAGGGCCUGCAAUUUGUCUACCUCUCAUUUGUUUACCCCAAUGACUUCACUCGGCUUACGCACAUGGAGACAGAGAACAAGUGCUUCUACAGAGAGUCCCCACUCUACCUAGAAAAGUUUGGCUUUUACAAAUACAUGAAGAUGGAUGAAGAAGAGGAGGAUCCACACCAGAGAGCCUUUCUUUUUCUGAAUCCUGAGAAUUUUUUGGAAGAAGAGGAGGAAGGAGCUGAUAGUCCUGAACCCACUGACCCACCCUCUGACACCAAGGGCAAAAGCUCCAGUGUUUUGGAUCCCCAUGUGUUACCUAGAAUGAAACAAAAUGAGAGGCCCCUAACUACAAAGGAUUAUGGCAUUGGCAUGGACCACUAUCCCUUCCAUCAAAAGCAAAAGAGGCUUCAUGACGAGAGAGCCCUGACAAGCCAGCCUGUCCCCACAGGUACAAACACUGGUCCCAGCAUGAGUCCUGUGACUCCUUCCAAGGUUUUCCAGGCAUUUGAGAAUAGAGCACCUCUUGGAGAACAAGUGGUCGUCCGUGGCCGGUCCCUCAGCUGGGCACAGGAGGAAGAGGUGCAAGAGAGAAGGAAGGAGGACCAGAUGGAGCUAUUGUCACCAUCGAAGCGGGACAGCUCCCUCAGCCUUCAGCCACAUUUGUCGGUACCUUUCUCUGCUGGAAAGGCCAAGCAGAGCCUUAAGGAAGUGAAGCAGACCAAAAAGGAGACCAAGAAACCCCCAGAGAAAGUAUAUGUAACCAGGCUACAGCCCAGCAAGAAGAAGGCCCCCUCUCAAAAGGAUGUUUUUCGUGGAGUUUUCCUCUACCCCAGGCCACCAAGGAAAAUGCACUUGAGCUCCAGGACCCCUCAGUGGCACCCCUCUCCCUUUAACAAACUUAGUAUGGUCCCUGGCCACAGGACACCUUGGCUCACAGGCAAUGCCACCACAGAAACAGAGCCUUCUAAGCGGAAGGGCCAGCGGGCCAGCCGGAAGUGGGAACAGCUGUACAUUCAAGAGGCCCGCAAGGCUAGGAGUAGGCAGAGAAUGCACCCCAGUGUCUCCACCCUGCCUGAAGAAGGGGUGCUCAGCAAAGAAACCUUUGAGAUCACCACCCCAGCAAAGACCACCCUAGACUACAAUUCCUCAGAAGUGGUGAUGUCUGAAAGUGUCCGAGUAACGUCUUUCCUGCAGAUGUCAGAGAUGACUGAAUCUCAGCAGGAAGAGGUUGAGGGCCCAGAGAAGGCCCAAGAGGAGGAGAUGGAGGAGGAGCUGUCUGACUACAGUUAUGAGAACUCUGAGCUUCAGCAGAGCUGGCUAGAGGAUUCCAUCAAUUGGCAAAGGACGUUCAGCGUCAGCCCCAUGGACUUUGAAUUGCUACGCUCAGACUGGAAUGACCUGCGAUGCAAUGUCUCAGGAAACCUGCAGCUGAGCGAAAGUGAGGUGGUGGAUGUGGUGGCCCAGUAUAUGGAGAAACUCAAUGAGAAGAAUGGCGGAAUUUAUACCCUCUUGCGGAUCAUCAAUAUGGAGAAACGGAGAGAUACAGCCCGUGGCAACCGUUACCUGAUGGAGCUGGAGCUGAUGGAGAGAGGUCAGCGGACUGUGAGACUCUCAGAGUACAUCUAUGUCCUACUCCACCAGGGCAAGUCAGAGGACAGCACUGAAGUCAACCCCGAAGGGCCUGCCACUGCCUCUACUGAGUCUCAGCCACCACCUAGUGCCUGGAGCCUGCUCUAUGGGAAGCCCAUCCUGUGCCGACCUCUCAAGCUCAGCUGGAGGCAAGAAGUUAUGGUGCAUUUUGUGGUGCCAGUGAAGAACCAAGCACGCUGGGUUCAGCAGUUCAUCUCAGACAUGUCCAACCUAUACUUGAACACCAAGGAUGCCAACUUCAACAUUAUCCUGGUGGAUUUUGAUAGUGAUGACAUGGAUGUAGAGAAGGCCCUUCGGGAGGCUCACCUGCCCAGGUAUCAGUACUUGAAGCGCACUGGGAAUUUUGAGCGUUCUUCUGGGCUGCAGGCUGGGGUGGACUCCAUAGAGGAUGGCAGCAGCAUUGUGUUCCUGUGCGAUCUGCACAUCCACUUCCCUCUCAACAUUCUAGACAGCAUCCGGAAGCACUGCGUGGAGGGGAAACUGGCCUAUGCACCAAUUGUCAUGAGGCUGGGCUGCGGGAGCUCCCCACAAGAACCCAAUGGCUACUGGGAAGUGAAUGGGUUUGGCCUCUUUGGGAUCUACAAGUCUGACUUCGAUCGCAUUGGGGGAAUGAAUACAGAGGAGUUCCGGGACCGCUGGGGUGGGGAGGAUUGGGAACUCUUGGACAGGGUGCUUCAGAGUGGAUUGGAGGUAGAACGUCUGCGACUCAGGAACUUUUACCAUUACUACCAUUCCAAACGUGGCAUGUGGAACUCACGCAGCAAGAAGACGCCCAAAGACUAAACACUAGCUCUGCUGCUAGUGGGAUCUCACUCUUGGCCCUCUUCAGGAGGUGAAAAGGAAGCAACAGCCACCUUUCCGUGGCUGCCAUAUCUCAGCAUGGUUUCCAUAGUGCUACAGGUGCAGUUAUGGACACAGUGUUGGUCAGAGGCCUUCACAAAGGGCGCUCGGGGUUGAGAGUUUCUAUGGAACUAUUUAAAGAAUCAUGUUUACUUUGGGAUUUUUGUGACUUUUCUUAAAGGAUCUAAUUUCUUAGUCAGAAAUUACAUUUAUUAACUCAGUAGUGCUGACAGGUCAGGAUUCCUGCUAAAGAGAGAAAGGGAUGGGUCCUCCAGUGCUACUGCCAGCCAAGAAAAUAACUGGAGCAGCUACACAAAAUUCAGACAACUUCCAGAGAACUAUCAUGGUGGUUCUGUGGUUCGCUUGCUCUGUAAUGGAUCUCCUAGCUUUAGUCCCCGAAAUAAGUUGAAGAGAAUGGACAGCCAAUGAGCCUACUGUGACAAGUGCUGUUCACGCUUGCAGUGCCUGAGCCUCCUGUGGUACCAAUUCAUGUUUAGGUGGCUCAGGAGUAUUCGGAUUCUUCAGAGGAUUUAAAGGAGAGGGAGACACUCUUACUGGGAGGAAGGUGUUUCCAUUGUUCCAGUUUAGUUUUGGAUUCAUGAUCCAGGCUAACUCUACUUCUUUGCUCUGGCCCCUCAGCAGUGUCUCACCUUAUGUAGAAACAGUCCCGGAUUCAGGGGCUUGUGAUUUUCUUACACAUGUACCUUCCUUCUGUGGACAGUCUCCACUGCUGAGGUGAAGAUAGAGAAUAUAUUUUCCCCUGAAGCAUGCAUUUCUUGAGCAAGAGGAAGUGGCCGGGAAAGUGCCCUUCACAACUCUGAAACCUCUUCCAACCCUGCCAGCCACUUUGGAUGCAAUUCUCUUGCCAAGCGAACUGGAAGUGCCUUGGGCUUCUUGUUCUUCCUCAUCUUCAUCCCAUGCAAAACAAAGAGAUACACAGGCUCCCAAUGGGAGGUCAUCUUUCAGGUGGGAAAUUUUUUAUAGAGGUUCUCUUCCAGAUGCAGUAGGAUUAAUAAAGGAACAGGAAGCACAAGGCACUUCUACUUCCUUUUCCUUUUAGAACACCAUCCCAUUUGAAUCUAUUAUAUCUUCUCAUUCCCUUCCUCCCCCUGCCCCACCUAUUAUUUGGUGCUUACUUGUCUUUAAAAAUGGGAUGCAAAAACAGCUGUCUGUGGCAUCUGUAACAACCACAGUGGAAGUGGGUGGGUGAGUUUCAACAUAAUGGUCAAAAGAGGAGAAGCAGGAAUUAAGAAGAAAUUCUCAGAACCUCUGAAAGCUGAGUUCCUAAGUGAGCCAAAGUUAGCUGUUAUUGCCCAGUCUUCACCACUCAUCCAACCAAGUCAGUGGAAAAAAGUUUGUACUCCUUUAUGCUGGGAGCACACACACUACACGUUCUCAUACACAUAUACACACAACUCUUCACAUAGGCAAUGGACACCAAGGAAGUGCAGGGCAUGUGUUCAAUGUAUGGAGUCAGUAGGAGGCUUCUCAUCAUCUUGCCCCAAACAUGGCCAUUUCUGAAGCAACUUCUUCUCUUCAUACACAAUAUCCCUAGCAUGAUGAGUAGGUAAGGUUUCAUGACCAGCCCAUUUUAACUUCAAUAUGCUGUGGUUGGCACAUGAGAAAGGGUUAAUGCAGGAAUCCAAGAAGAGGAGGGCAAAACAAUAUUUCCAAGCUAAUUUCUGUGAAAUUAUGAGGUAGAAAGCUGUUUUCAAAAAGUUAUGUCUGGUUUUGCUUUUUAUUUUUAUUGAUAUUGUUAUUAAAAAUAAAAUAAAU